GUUUGGAAACCGAAUCUUUAGUCCGAUCUGGAACCGUGACAACAUUGCUAGCAUUGUGAUCUCAUUUAAGGAACCAUUUGGUACUCAGGGCAGAGGUGGCUAUUUUGAUGAAUUUGGCAUACUCAGGGACGUGAUGCAGAAUCACCUCUUGCAGAUUUUAACACUCGUGGCAAUGGAGAAGCCACCCACAACACAAGCUGAGGACAUCAGAAAUGAAAAGGUCAAAGUACUAAAAAGUGUUUCUCCGCCCAGCAUGAAUAAUGUUGUCUUGGGUCAGUAUGUAGGGGACCCACAAGGAUCAGGGGAUGCCAAACUGGGUUAUCUGGAUGAUCCUACAGUGCCAAAAGGAUCUGUGACACCAACAUUUGCAACUGUUGCACUGUUCGUGAAGAAUGAACGAUGGGACGGUGUACCUUUUAUUCUGAGGUGUGGUAAAGCACUGAAUGAGCGCAAGGCAGAAGUAAGAGUACAGUUCAGAGAUGUGGCCGGGGAUAUUUUUCCUGCAGGAGAGGUCAAGCGUAACGAACUGGUUAUUCGGGUGCAGCCAAGUGAGGCCAUCUAUCUGAAAAUGAUGGCCAAAACGCCAGGCAUGAGCCUGAACUGUGAGGAGAGCGAGCUAGAUCUGACUUACUGCAGCAGGUAUAAGGAUAUAAAUAUGCCAGAUGCAUAUGAGCGUCUCAUUUUGGAUGUGUUUAUGGGCUCCCAAAUUCACUUUGUUCGGUCUGAUGAGCUUUAUGAAGCCUGGAGAAUCUUUACACCAUUACUGCACCACAUUGAGAAGGAAAAACCCAAGCCUAUUGAAUAUGUUUAUGGCAGCCGAGGUCCCAAAGAAAGCGAUGAGCUUUGCAACAGACAUGGGUUCAACUAUACAGGCACAUACAUAUGGCCUCACGCGGGUGCAAAGAUGUAA